GCGAGAGACGCCAGAGCAUAGUGCUGGCAUGGCUACGGUUCUCCAUUACCUCCCACUGGACCCUUGCUGAUAUAAACUACAUGAACAAAGGAAACCGACUCCCAACAAUGUCAUCAGUACUGUCACCAAACUGAGACGCUACAAUGCAUCAUAUGCCGUCAGCAACCAUAUUUAGAGAACCCCUUACAUUAUAAAAGGGAGAGAGGAACGAGUAACCCAAGACUGGUUUUCAAUUGUUACCUCACGAUCAAUACACCACCAAUUUCUGGAGAGGUGCAACAGCAGAGGGAAAACAUGGGUGAUGCUCAAAUGGCGGAGUUUGGGGCAGCUGCCCCCUAUCUAAGAAAGUCAGACAAGGAGCGUCUGGAAGCACAGACCCGCCCCUUUGACAUGAAGAAAGAAUGCUUUGUCCCUGACCCAGAGGAGGAGUAUGUCAAGGCUUCAGUAAUCAGUCGUGAUGGGGACAAAGUCACUUGUGAAACCUCUAAGGGAGCGACCGUGACUGUCAAGGAGGCUGAUGUUCACCCUCAGAACCCGCCAAAGUUUGAUAAAAUUGAGGACAUGGCGAUGUUCACCUUCCUUCAUGAGCCUGCUGUGCUGUUUAACCUCAAAGAGCGUUACGCAGCCUGGAUGAUCUACACCUACUCUGGCCUCUUCUGUGUAACUGUCAACCCCUACAAGUGGCUGCCAGUGUACAACCAAGAAGUUGUACUUGCCUACAGGGGCAAGAAGAGGAGUGAAGCUCCUCCUCACAUCUUCUCCAUCUCUGAUAACGCCUAUCAGUACAUGCUUGCAGACAGGGAAAACCAGUCUAUUCUCAUCACUGGAGAAUCUGGUGCAGGGAAAACGGUGAACACCAAGAGAGUCAUUCAGUACUUUGCCAGCAUUGCUGCUGGCAGUUUCAAAAAGGAUACCACUGAGAAGAAGGGAACUCUGGAGGAUCAAAUCAUCCAGUGUAACCCUGCUCUGGAGGCUUUUGGAAAUGCCAAGACCAUCAGAAAUGACAAUUCUUCUCGUUUUGGCAAGUUUAUCCGAAUCCAUUUUGGUGCCAGUGGCAAGCUUGCCUCUGCAGAUAUUGAGACUUAUCUUCUGGAGAAAUCCCGUGUGACUUUCCAGCUCAAAGCUGAGAGAGACUACCAUAUCUUCUAUCAGAUACUGUCUCAGAAGAAACCUGAGCUACUAGAAAUGCUGCUUAUUACUGCUAACCCUUAUGAUUACGCCUACAUCUCCCAAGGAGAGACACAAGUGGCAUCUAUUAAUGAUGCAGAUGAGCUGAUGGCUACUGAUGAAGCAUUUGAUGUGCUGGGUUUCACCCAAGAGGAGAAGAACAGCAUCUAUAAGCUGACUGGUGCCAUCAUGCACUAUGGCAACAUGAAGUUCAAGCAGAAGCAAAGAGAGGAGCAGGCUGAGGCUGAUGGCACUGAAGAUGCAGACAAAUCAGCUUAUCUGAUGGGUCUGAACUCUGCUGAUCUCAUAAAGGCUCUGUGUCACCCCAGAGUCAAAGUAGGAAAUGAGUGGGUCACAAAAGGGCAAAAUGUCCAACAGGUGUAUUAUGCUGUUGGUGCACUGUCAAAAGCAGUCUAUGAGAAGAUGUUUCUUUGGAUGGUUAUAAGAAUCAACCAAUCCUUGGACACCAAGCAGCCUCGGCAGUACUUCAUUGGUGUGUUGGAUAUCGCUGGCUUUGAGAUCUUUGAUUUUAACACAUUUGAGCAGCUGUGUAUCAACUUCACUAAUGAGAAGUUGCAGCAGUUCUUUAACCACCACAUGUUUGUUUUGGAGCAAGAGGAGUACAAAAAGGAGGGUAUUGAGUGGGAGUUCAUUGACUUUGGCAUGGACUUACAGGCUUGUAUUGAUCUCAUUGAAAAGCCCAUGGGUAUCAUGUCCAUCCUUGAAGAGGAAUGUAUGUUUCCCAAGGCCAGUGAUUCCACAUUCAAAGCUAAGCUUUAUGAUAACCACUUGGGAAAAUCUGGUAACUUCCAAAAGCCCAGGAUUGUAAAGGGUAAACCAGAGGCUCACUUCUCCCUGGUUCACUAUGCUGGUACUGUUGACUACAAUAUUAACAACUGGCUGGUUAAAAACAAGGAUCCCCUCAAUGAGACUGUAGUGGGGCUGUACCAGAAGUCUACCAUGAAACUGUUAUCUUACCUGUUUGCAAAUUAUGCUGGUGCUGACUCAGAUACAGGUGGAAAAGGCAAGGAAAAGAAGAAAAAGGGUUCUUCUUUCCAGACUGUGUCUGCUCUUCACAGGGAAAACUUGAAUAAGCUGAUGACCAACCUGAGAUCAACUCAUCCCCACUUUGUGCGCUGCAUUAUCCCCAAUGAGACCAAGACUCCUGGGGCCAUGGAAAAUCCUCUUGUUAUGCACCAGCUCCGCUGUAAUGGUGUGCUGGAGGGUAUCAGAAUCUGCAGAAAGGGCUUCCCCAACAGAAUCCUCUAUGGUGACUUCAAACAGAGAUACCGCAUCUUGAAUCCAUCUGCUAUCCCUGAAGGGCAGUUUAUUGACAGUAGAAAGGGAGCAGAAAAACUGCUGGGUUCUCUGGACAUUGACCACAACCAGUACAAGUUUGGCCAUACUAAGGUGUUCUUCAAGGCUGGACUCUUAGGUACUCUAGAGGAGAUGCGAGAUGAUCGCCUUGCUCUCAUCAUCACUGGCAUUCAGGCCCGGUCACGUGGACUUCUCUCAAGAAUUGAGUUCCAGAAAAUUGUUGAGCGCCGAGAUGCCUUGCUUGUGAUCCAGUGGAAUGUCAGAGCUUUCAUGGGAGUGAAGAACUGGCCUUGGAUGAAGUUGUACUUUAAGAUUAAACCACUACUACGGUCUGCUGAAGCUGAAAAGGAGAUGGCCAACAUGAAGGAAGAAUUCCUAAAGUUAAAAGAGGCUUAUGCCAAAUCCGAAGCCCGCAGGAAGGAGCUUGAAGAGAAAAUGGUCACGCUUCUCCAAGAGAAAAAUGACCUGCAACUCCAAGUCCAGGCUGAGCAAGACAAUCUUUGUGAUGCUGAGGAGCGAUGUGAGGGUUUAAUUAAGAACAAGAUCCAACUUGAAGCUAAAUGCAAAGAGCUGACUGAGAGAUUGGAGGAUGAAGAAGAAAUGAAUGCAGAGUUGGUUGCAAAAAAGAGAAAACUAGAGGAUGAAUGCUCUGAACUUAAGAAGGACAUUGAUGAUCUUGAGCUAACCUUAGCCAAAGUGGAGAAGGAGAAACAUGCCACAGAGAACAAGGUAAAAAACCUGACAGAAGAGAUGGCAGCCCUGGAUGAAAUCAUUGCUAAGCUGACCAAGGAGAAGAAAGCUCUUCAAGAGGCCCAUCAGCAAACACUUGAUGACCUCCAGAGUGAAGAGGAUAAAGUCAACACUCUGACCAAAGCCAAAGCCAAGCUAGAACAGCAAGUCGAUGAUCUUGAGGGGUCCCUAGAACAGGAAAAGAAACUCCGUAUGGACCUUGAGAGGGCAAAGAGAAAGCUUGAAGGAGACUUAAAACUGACCCAAGAGAAUGUCAUGGACCUAGAAAAUGACAAGCAACAGUUGGAGGAGAGGCUGAAAAAGAAGGAUUUUGAAAUGAGCCAACUCAACAGCAAGAUUGAGGAUGAGCAAGCAAUGGCAGCCCAGCUUCAAAAGAAACUAAAGGAACUGCAGGCCCGUAUUGAGGAGCUUGAGGAAGAACUGGAGGCUGAGAGAGCUGCACGUGCUAAGGUUGAAAAACAGAGGGCGGACUUGGCCAGAGAACUGGAAGAGAUCAGUGAGAGACUGGAGGAGGCUGGUGGUGCCACUGCUGCACAGAUUGAAAUGAACAAGAAGAGAGAAGCUGAGUUCCAAAAACUGCGCAGAGAUCUUGAAGAGGCCACUCUACAGCAUGAGGCCACUGCUGCAACUCUGAGGAAGAAACAUGCUGACAGUGUGGCUGACCUUGGAGAACAGAUAGACAACCUACAAAGAGUGAAACAGAAGCUUGAGAAAGAGAAGAGUGAACUGAGACUGGAACUUGAUGAUGUUGUCUCCAACAUGGAGCACAUUGUCAAAGCCAAAACAAACCUGGAAAAAAUGUGCAGAACUCUGGAGGACCAAGUGAGUGAAUAUAGGACUAAAUUUGAGGAAGGACAACGCAGCAUCAAUGACUUCAGCAUGCAAAAAGCUAAACUGCAAACUGAAAAUGGUGAACUUGCAAGGCAGUUGGAAGAGAAAGAUUCCUUGGUUUCCCAACUGACCAGAGGCAAGCAAUCCUAUACACAACAAAUUGAGGAUCUCAAGAGACAACUUGAAGAAGAAGUGAAGGCUAAAAAUGCCUUGGCCCAUGCAGUGCAGUCUGCUCGCCAUGAUGCUGACCUGCUAAGAGAGCAGUUUGAGGAGGAGCAGGAGGCCAAGGCUGAGCUGCAGCGCAGUCUGUCCAAGGCGAAUUCUGAGGUGGCUCAGUGGAGGACCAAGUAUGAAACAGAUGCCAUCCAGAGGACAGAAGAGUUGGAAGAUGCAAAGAAGAAACUUGCUCAGCGACUGCAAGAUGCAGAGGAAGCUGUAGAAGCUGUCAAUGCCAAAUGCUCUUCCCUCGAAAAAACCAAGCACAGACUCCAGAAUGAGAUUGAAGAUCUCAUGGUUGAUGUGGAAAGAUCCAAUGCUGCUGCUGCUGCUCUGGACAAGAAACAAAGAAACUUUGACAAGAUCCUUGCCGAGUGGAAGCAAAAAUAUGAAGAGUCUCAGAGUGAGCUAGAAAGCUCGCAAAAGGAGGCCCGAUCUCUAAGUACUGAACUGUUCAAACUAAAGAACUCUUAUGAGGAGUCUUUGGACCACCUGGAGACCAUGAAAAGGGAGAACAAGAACCUCCAAGAGGAGAUUUCUGAUCUCACCGAGCAAAUUGGUGAGAGUGGGAAAAGCAUACAUGAACUUGAGAAGAUCCGAAAACAGCUAGAACAGGAAAAGGCUGAAAUUCAGUCUGCACUUGAAGAGGCUGAGGCUUCUCUUGAGCAUGAGGAAGGAAAAAUCUUGAGAGCUCAGCUUGAGUUCAAUCAAGUGAAGGCUGAUAUAGAGCGCAAGAUGGCUGAGAAGGAUGAAGAAAUGGAGCAGGCCAAGAGAAACCAACAAAGAGUGGUGGAUACCCUGCAAAGCUCUCUAGAGUCUGAGACUCGCAGCAGAAAUGAAGCUCUCAGACUGAAGAAGAAGAUGGAAGGAGACCUUAAUGAGAUGGAGAUCCAACUCAGCCAGGCUAACAGGCAGGCUGCAGAGGCCCAGAAGCAACUCAAGAAUCUCAAUGGACAUAUGAAGGACACUCAACUACAUCUAGAUGAUGCUCUCCGAGCUAAUGAUGACCUCAAAGAGAACAUUGCCAUUGUGGAGAGACGCAACAAUUUGGUGCAGGCUGAACUGGAUGAGCUGAGGUCCUUGGUGGAGCAGACUGAGAGAGGCCGGAAACUGGCUGAACAAGAACUGCUGGAUGUGACUGAGAGGGUUCAGUUAUUGCACUCUCAGAACACCAGCCUGCUAAACCAGAAGAAGAAGCUAGAGGGAGACACUUCCCAGCUUCAGACUGAGGUAGAGGAGGCUGUUCAAGAGUGCAGAAAUGCUGAAGAAAAGGCCAAAAAAGCCAUCACUGAUGCUGCCAUGAUGGCAGAGGAGCUGAAGAAGGAGCAGGACACUAGUGCUCACCUGGAACGCAUGAAGAAGAACAUGGAGCAGACUAUAAAGGAUCUGCAGCACCGUCUGGAUGAAGCUGAGCAAAUCGCCAUGAAGGGUGGCAAGAAACAGGUCCAGAAACUAGAGGCCCGGGUGAGAGAGCUUGAAAAUGAGGUGGAGAUGGAGCAGAGAAAGGCCAGUGACUCUGUGAAGGGUAUUCGUAAAUAUGAGAGACGCAUCAAAGAACUCACUUACCAGACUGAGGAGGACCGUAAGAAUCUCACACGUCUGCAAGACUUGGUAGACAAAUUGCAGCUGAAAGUCAAAUCUUACAAGAGAUCUGCAGAGGAAGCUGAGGAGCAGGCCAAUGCCAAUCUGGGCAAGUUCCGCAAGCUGCAGCAUGAGCUGGAUGAGGCAGAGGAGAGGGCUGAUAUUGCUGAGUCUCAGGUCAACAAACUGAGGGCCAAGAGUCGUGACACUGGCUCCAAGAAAGGACAUGAUGAAGAGUGAAGCUAUCAAUUGAAUCUCCAUGAUUUGUUUGCCUGUACACAAAUGGAAUAAAGUCAACCUGCA